AUGAGCAGUGGGAUGCCAAUUAAAGAUAGCAACAACAUACAAAAUGUGGUAGAGGGGGCUGAGUUCAGCAGCAAGAACCGCAUUGGAAGCAGGUCAAGUCAAAGAAGGGUUGCCAGUGAGAGUGUGAGCAACCUCAUCCAUGUCCAGAUUAAACUCAACAGAGAACACAGGCUCAUCAACCAGGAUGAAGAGGAAGCAAAAUCCUUUCCUUUGGAGAACCAAGAAGAGGACGGUGCCAUUGCUGCAGGUGGGGGCACAAACUUGGGCUUCUUGGCAGGACGAGAUGGAGGCGGAGAAACUGGGGUUGGAUCGGGCACAACAACGGGAGAAGGCUUACAUUUGCGAACCAAUGUCUUGACCCGACCAGUAGGCUUGGGUGGAGUAGAGGGAAUGGAAGGGAUAUGUUGGCGGGUUCGGGUGCGAGAGGCGAUGCCAGUGGGUUUGGGUGGUGGUGGAGGGGAGGAGGCACGGGGUGGUGGAGAGGGAUCACGAAGUGGUGGGGAGGGUGGACGGGUUGGAGGGGAGGGUCCACGCGGUGGAGAAGGGACGACGGAAGGUGGGGAGGAAGUGGGGUUAGUGGGGUCGGGGAGGGUGGGUUCGGGGUUCAUGGGAGUCGGGAGUUUGGUUUUGGUGAGGGAGGGUUCUGGGUUCAUUGGUGUAGGGAGUUGGGUUUCAGUGAGGGAUGGUUCUGGGUUCAUGGGUGUAGGGAGGUGGGUUUCGCGGAGGGAGGGAUCUGGGUUGAGCGGGGUGAAUGGGAGAGGGAGGAGCGGAGGAGUCAAAGGAUUCAGGGGACAAGGUGGGGAGGCAAUUACGAUGACAAAGGGCAAAGAGGCAGUUGCCAUUGGGUAUUGGCAUCGGAGAAGAAAGGGAACAGGCACGGAAAUCCCCUCAACAAUUAGCAUUUAG